AUGAUUGACUACGCAAAAGAACUGCUCGAUCUGGAAUAUCCAACUGGGGUAAGACUGUCUCCAGAUGCUAUGUCUGUUGUGUACUCAGCAAAACCGAAAUGGAAAUCGACCGAAGAAGUUUCGUCCAUUUGGGUCGGCAACACACAGUCGCACAAAUCAACACACAGUGAAUAUAUUGCGUUCCUUUCUGACCGUGGAAAUCUCGGAAAUUCAUGUGCUUUAUACCUGUGCCGGUUGGACGGUCAGAGAGAAACAAAAGCACUCACACCACCAACAAACAAGAAAAGUAUCUCAAAGUUCGAGUUCAGUCCAGAUGGGAAACACAUUGCAUUUCUUGCUGCCGCAGAGAAAGAACAGAACGAGGUCGUUGAUGUAUGGAACCAGGGUUGGGACUAUGCUAACUUGCAUCUCAUCGAUAUCGAGAGUGGUAGUACUCGUGUUCUAGCUCCAGAGGAUGUACAUGUGGUCGACUUUUCUUGGAGUGAGGAUGGUAGCCAAAUGGCGUAUGUCACACACCGCUCACCUGAUAUUGAGAGUGGAUGGCUCCAUGGUGCCACUAUCAGUACCGUCGAGAUUGCAGCAAUUGGCGUGGGGGCUCGCACGCUCUGUCACGUUCCUCGGGAGGUUUCCGAUCUUACCUGGAUUAGAUCGGAUAUCUACUUUAUAGCGUACAGUACACCGACAGAUAUUAAUACAUCACGGUCUGUCUAUUCUGUCAAUCUGCUGGACAAGGAUAAAAGCGUUACGAAAGUCGCUCAUGGUGUUGAUGAUUGCGCAGCAGGUCUUCGUAAAGUGGGCGGCGACCUCCUAGUCCAUGUUCAACGGGGCAUGGAGGACCAGCUGCGGUUGCUCAAUUCAACAAUUCUUUAUAGGGAAAAGAAAUGCAUUCUGAGUUUUGAUGCCACAGUGGAUGUGGAUGGGAAGAUAGGGUUGGUUUUCGUUCAGGGUAGUGUCAAUCGGCCACCAGAAGUGUUCUGGACUUCGCCCGCGGGAGAUCUUGCGCAGCUAUCUAAUCAUGGCAAGGUUUGGACAAAGGAGUACAACACUUGUACGUUUAUUGAGUGCCAGACCUUGGACGGCACUGAAAAGCUCGAGGGGAUGUUUCUUGGUCCGGCAAACGCGACAGAGAAAUCGGUACCUACCAUCGUCCUCAUUCACGGGGGUCCGUACUGGCGUGUUACUGACUCAUUUAACUUUCUUGACCAUUUCUUCAUGCCACAACUAUUGCACAAGGGGUUUGGAAUCCUCAUUCCUAACUACCGCGGUAGCAGCGGUCGAGGCGAGCGUUUCGCAAGGUAUUCGAGCGGCGGCAUGGGAAUCUAUGACGAGCCAGAUAUCGUGGCCAUGACGCAGUAUGUCAUCACACAGAAGCUAGCGGACCCUUUGAGGCUCAUUGUGGCUGGAAAAUCCCAAGGGGGAUUUUUGUCCUAUCUCCUGUCGGUGCGCAACGGCACGCACGGCUUAGGAUGGCGUUUCCAAGGUGCUAUCGCCUGCGCAGGUGUUACUGACUGGGACACAAUGAGCAUGUCUUCCGAUAUUGGGUACGCGCAAGCGGAUUUGGCGGGCGGAGCGCCGUGGAAUAUUCAUAAGAGCGACGUCCGUACACGGGCUGGUUCGGCGAUAUGGGAGUUUCGCGACGCAGCGCGUGAGCGACGUAUCCCUCCGAUGCUAUUGCUUCACGGCAAUGAGGAUAAACGCGUACCAAUUUCACAGGCCGUUGGUUUUAGGCGAGCUUUGGACGAGGUCGGAUUGCCCUUUCAGUUUGCGGUGUACCGCGGCGAAGGGCAUUUCUUUCAGAAGAGAAAGAGCGCAGAGGAUUUGAUGGAAAGAAUAGUGCGAUUUGUUACCAAAACUCUUGCGUAG